AUGCUGCCUAUUCGGACCCACUCCGAGCGGCUUCGUAUUGACUGCUAUCUUCUAUCUUACGAUUCUGCAACUCUUCUCCCUUUCUCUCCCAUCAUGGCCGAGUCGACUUCGCGCCCGGUGCGCGUCAUCGCCCAUUUGCUCGAGGAGGUGGGCCUCGUCACCAUGUGGCACUCGUCGCUCGACGUCAAGCUUCUCUGCGCCCAGCGCUUCGUGCGUCUAUUCGCCUACGGCGGCUCAACUCUUAUCCUGGCUUCGUAUCUAUCUGCCCUUGGGAUCGCUGAUGAUCGCAUCGGCCUGUUUAUGACGUUGACCUUGAUUGGAGAUGUCGUGAUUAGCUUCUUCCUAACUCUAUUCGCGGAUAAAAUGGGUCGGAAGGCUGUGUUGUCGCUGGGCUCGGUGUUGAUGGCCGGUAGCGGUGUUGUGUUUGCGCUGACGGGGAACUAUUGGAUUCUUCUCGCUGCGGCAGUCUUUGGUGUUAUUAGCCCGAGUGGAAAUGAGAUUGGGCCCUUCCGUGCCGUUGAGGAGUCCACUUUGGCCCAUCUCGUGGCGCAUGAGAAACUUCCUGAUGUCUUUGCGUGGUAUUCACUGGUUGGGGCGGCGGGCACCGCGUUGGGUCAGUUGAUUUGCGGUUGGAUGCUUACCUCGCUGCAGUCUCUGCAUGGAUGGGAGUUUAUCCCGUCGUGUCGGGUUAUGUUCUUCGUCUAUGCGGCUGUCGGUGUGGUCAAGCUGGUAUUCACCCUAGUGCUGAGCCGCAAGGUUGAGUAUGUGAAGGAGGAGCCUGCACCGCAGAAUGAUGAGACUCGUCCGCUGCUUGGAGACUCUGCCCCCGUUGAGGAGCUGCCUAAGAAGAAGGGACUGUUUGCGUCCAUUGAGAAAGAUCUCUGGUCGCUCGUCAUUCGGCUUUUCAUUUUGUUCGGUUUGGACGCUUUUGCCUCUGGAUUGGCAUCGAUGUCCUGGAUGACAUAUUUCUUCCACCGCAAAUUCAGCCUGCCCGAAGGCGAACUCGGCACUAUCUUCUUCGUGACCAGCAGCAUUGCUGCUGCUUCCAUGCUGGUCGCAUCGUCGAUUGCCAAGCGUUUCGGCAAUGUGAAGACCAUGGUCUUCACUCACCUGCCAUCAGCCGUCUGCCUGGCGAUGAUCUCCAUUCCAAACAGCCUGCCAUUGGCGCUCACAUUCCUCGUUCUGCGCGCUUGUUCCCAAAGCAUGGAUGUGGCCCCGCGAUCGGCGUUCCUGGCAGCGGCUCUCCCGUCCGACAAGCGUACGGCUAUUAUGGGCGCCGUCAACGUCGUCAAGACCACCAGCCAGAGCAUGGGCCCCCUGCUCACCGGUAUCCUGGCUCGCAACGACAUGUUUGGAGUUUCCUUCAUCAUUGCGGGUAUUUUGAAGAUUAUCUAUGACCUCGGCAUGCUGGCCAGCUUUGCCGGUAAGGAAGCUGCAAAGCGCAAGCAGACUACGCAGAACGACGAGGCUCGCUAG